AUGCCCUCGGAGGACGAGAAGACCCACGCUCUCCUGCACUCCUGUAGUGCCGCAUCCCUGGUCUCCAGCCUUGGACUGGGCAUGUUUUGCCUGGUAGCCGACAGGCUUCUUCAGUUUUCCUUGAUUCAGCACAACGUCUGGCUCCGUGCCCUUGCAGACAAUGCCGUGCACUGUGUCAUUGGCAUGUGGUCUUGGGCAGUGGUCAUCGGGGUCAGGAAGAAGAAUGACCUGGGGGAAAUCAUGUUAGCUGGAUUUUUAGCUUCUGUGAUUGAUAUCGACCACUUCUUCCUAGCUGGAUCCCUGUCUUUAAAGGCGGCCCUUGCUCUUCCACGAAGGCCUCCCCUUCACUGCUCCACCGUGAUACCAGCCGUGGCCCUGGCCCUCAGGGUCGUCAUGCAUCUCUUCAGGAUCAAAGACUCGUGGUGCGUCCUGCCCUGGAUGCUGUUCAUAUCGUGGACCUCACACCACGUCCGGGACGGAAUCCGCCACGGCCUGUGGCUGUGCCCCUUUGGGAAAACGUCUCCUCUACCGUUUUGGCUUUAUGUAGCCAUCACCUCGUCUUUACCUCACAUCUGUUCUGUUGCUAUGUAUUUAACAGGGACCAGACAGGUGAUGUCUUCAAAGCACGGCAUUCAUAUUGACGUGUGA